AUGUUUGCACGAGUGGCGACCAUCGCCAUCUUGGCCUCAAGUUUCGUGUCUGCUGCCCCGGCGGCUGCAGAUGUUCCCCUCAGCAAGCUAGGCGCUGGCGUCAAGGCACCCUCGACCGGCACCACCAACACGUCUGGCUAUGCUGAGCCUAUGCCAGCCGGCUUUGUCCAAUCGCCCGAUUAUGCGGUCAAGAGCGACUUUGACUUUCAGUCGCUUGCGCUCGCUCUCCACCAGGAGUGGAUCGAGCUCGCCAUCUUCCGAGACGGCUUCGAGAAGUUCUCUCUGGCGGAGUACCAGGCGGCGAACCUGACUGCCGAUGACAUGUACCUCAUCAACUUUAUGGCCGACCAGGAAGUCGGUCAUUCUCACGUGCUGAGCAAUCUGCUUGGCGACAAUGCGCCAAAGUCUUGCACGUACAAAUACCCCUACAGCGAUGUUCGAUCUUUCCUCGAGUUCAACAUCGAGCUCACACGCUUUGGCGAGUCGGGCGUAUACGGUUUCCUCGAGAAUCUCGACAACAGAGCGGAUGCGCAGAUCUUGCUGCAGUCCAUCACGACCGAGGCCCGUCAGCAGAUGGUCUUCCGUCAGCUAGAAGGUCGCUUCCCCAUGCCAGUCUACUUUGAGACCGGCAUCACACAGUCCAUGGCCUGGACCCUGCUGUCGCAGUACAUCGUCUCCUGCCCUAGCCAGCCUCAGAACCUGACCUGGACGAUUUUCCCCCACCUGAACGUGACCGACACGAAGCCCCUGUCGCUCACUUCUGGCGCUGGCGUUUCGCACAAUACCACUGCAUUCUCCGCACCAGGCGAUACGAUCACGCUCGCAUGGGACGCACCAGGCAAGAAGCAGGGUCCUUACGAUCAGUAUACCAAGAAGGGCGCUUACGCGACCAAUUCGAGCUCGAAGUAUGCUGGCUUCGUCUCGCAGUACAACGUUACCUGGGUCGAGAUCAACAAGACGAGCACCUAUGCGGGUACUGUCAUCCAGCCCGGUGGUGGCGUGUUCAACCUGCUGCCCUCCGAUACCGCCGUCAAUGGCACCAUGUUCAUCGUGCUUGCGUCUGACAACCCCCACUUGACGCCUGCCAAUCUUUCACUCAUCAACAACUAUAUCACUGCCGGCCCCGCUCUCUAUGCGAGCGGUUAG